ACGUCUUUUUACCGUUUGAUUUCGACGCGGCGAGAUUAUUUUUAGAAUAUUGUGUUUUAAACGCGUGUGUACACCAAAAUGGAUCAACAAUUAAUGGAUUUCUUCGACUUUUCGAAGGAGUUCGUGCGAGAAGAAGCCCCGCGCGGCCAUGUGUCGGGCGAUGUACACGCUUUUGAGACAGAUUCUCUCGAAUCAAAAAAUCCGAUCAAGCGCGAGAUUGUGGGCAAAGAAUAUGUUAAGAAAUUCGUGGACAAAGAGAAGCAGCGAAUGGAUGGGUUAUUCGAUUGCGACGACAUGGCGUCAAAGCGUAAUAAGACCCUCGACGACUUGGACAGCGAUGAUGAGAACGAAGCGUCUCCCAAUAUUCGCACCGAUGCCGAGUUUUACGAAAGGUACAAUUUCAACCUGAAUCGAGUUAAAGGUCUGCCGAUCUACGCAAAGCGUGAGGAGAUCAUCAAUGCCAUCAAUGAGAAUCCCGUUGUGAUAUUGAAGGGUGAGACGGGUUGCGGCAAGACAACGCAGGUGCCGCAAUAUAUUUUGGAUGAGGGUUUCAAGAGCAAACAAUACUGCAACAUCGUUGUGACCCAGCCACGCCGCAUUGCUGCCAUGUCCAUAGCGAAUCGUGUGUCCCAGGAGCGUAAAUGGGAGCCGGGCACCGUGUGCAGCUAUCAGGUUGGCCUCCAUCGACAACGUACAGCAUUUGCGGACACACGAAUUCUAUAUUGUACCACGGGAGUGCUGCUGAACAGCCUCAUUGCCAACAAGACACUCACCCACUACACACACAUUGUGUUGGACGAGGUGCACGAGCGUGACCAAGAGAUGGACUUUCUGCUGAUUGUGAUCCGUCGCCUGCUGGCCACAAACUCGCGUCACGUAAAGGUCAUUCUGAUGUCGGCCACCAUUGAUCCACGCGAGCUUUCUGAUUAUUUUGCCACCAAGAGCUCUGUGCCGCCUGUAAUCGCUGCCAGCCAUGGACGCAACUACUCGGUGGAUAAAUACUAUCGCGAUCAAUUGCAUCAAUCCAUCAACUGGGAGGGCCACAUGGAGGAGAUAGACAGCCCCGGCAUUACCGAGCAUGGCUACAGAUCAGCCAUUAAAAUCAUUUUGGUCAUUGACAACAUGGAACGCAACGAAAAAAGUACCGGCAAGAGCUACAAUCAGUCCUUGCGCGAGGGUUCCGUUCUCAUCUUUCUGCCCGGCAUUGGGGAAAUCAACAACAUGGCAGAUGUGCUCAAGGACAUGGUGAAUCAUGAUCCCAGCAUGAAGAUCAAUAUGGUGCGUUGCCAUUCCCUGAUGACGCCCGAAGAUCAGCGGGAUAUCUUUGAGCCAGCACCGCUCGGCUAUCGCAAGAUCAUAAUGGCCACCAACAUUGCCGAGAGUUCCAUUACCGUGCCGGAUGUGUCAUAUAUCAUUGACUUUUGCCUGGAGAAGGUGCUGAUCACCGAUACGUCGACUAAUUUUAGCAGCCUGCGACUGGUGUGGGCCUCAAAGACGAAUUGUCGCCAGCGUGCCGGACGCGUUGGUCGUCUGCGGAACGGUCGUGUUUAUCGCAUGGUCACCAAAUCAUUCUAUCAACGAGAGCUCUCGGAGUACAGCGUGCCGGAGAUGCUGCGCAAACCAUUGCAGAACUGUGUGCUCAAGGCCAAAGAGUUGAAAAUGGGCACACCGGUGGAGCUGCUGGCCUUGGCCCUGUCUCCGCCCAAUCUCUCGGAUAUCUGCAACACCAUACUGAUGCUCAAGGAAGUGGGCGCCAUGUACCCCACCAUCGAUGGCGACUACGAUCCCAUGGAUGGUGACAUUACCUAUUGGGGCACCAUUAUGUCCAAGCUGCCGCUGGACACGCACCUCAGUCGACUCAUUAUAUUGGGCUAUGUGUUCAAUCUGGUUGAGGAAACGAUCAUUAUAGCUGCUGGCAUUACCGUGCGUGGCGUUUAUAUAGACAGCUCGCGAUCCAACCAAAGGAACGACAAUUAUUGGAUGCAUUAUGUGUUUGCCGAUGGCUCUGGCUCCGAUUUGGUGGGCAUUUGGCGCAUCUACAUGACCUACUUGAAUAUGUGCGAGAAUAGCCUGCAAAAGGAUGCAUCUGUACAGUGGGCCAAGCGCUUUCAGCUCUCGUUGCGAGCGUUGAGCGAAAUGCAUUUGUUGGUGCAGGAACUGCGCCUGCGCUGCACUAAACUGGGCCUGCUGUCGAUAUCCUUCCCCAACCGACGCAUCAACGAUGAUCGCGAGAGAGCUCUAAUGCUCAAGGUGGUCAUCGCUGGGGCCUUCUAUCCCAACUACUUUGUGCAGUCAAAGUCAACGCCAGACGGCGAUCGCAAUAUGUAUGCGGUAAUCUCUGGUUUGGAUCCCUGCCGCACCGUAUUCUUCACCUCCUUCACCGACCGCAUCAUGGGGGAGCUGUACACGCGCAAAAUCAAGGAACUGUUCCUCGAGGCCAAGAUACCGCCUGAAAACAUCGAUGUGACCUUUGGGCCUGGAUCCGAGAAAGUUUUUGUCACCUUCAAGAAUGAUGGCUGCAAGCCCGAGGGCUCCACAUACAUCCAUGUCCCGGGGCGCAUCAAAACGGAGGUCUACAAGGCAUUGCGUAUGCGUACAUGUAUCUCUCAGCGUUCAAUGCUAGUGAUGGAAACAAGAUAUGCCCUAAAGUAUGUGCAGGACAAGAAGAUAGGGCAGGUCAUCGAGGGUCGUUGGAUACCCCCCUCGAAGCCAGUGGCCGUGGAACUUCUGGCCCUGCCGUCUGUCUUUGACAAGAAUAUAGUCGGAAAGAUUACAAAUAUUGUCAGCUGUGGCAAGUUCUUUUUCCAGCCCGAAUCCUUUGCAAACUGGAUUGUCAACAUGUCCGAGCAUUUCAAUUAUCCGGAGCAGCUGCAAAAUCAUGUGAAAAAUGCGGGCAGCAUCACCAAGGGGCUGCUGCUGCUGGCCAAGCGACAGGGCGAGUACCAGCGUGCCACUGUGAUUCGUGUGGAUACCCUGAACAGUCACAAUUUGCUGUUUUAUGUUCGCUUCAUCGACUACGGAGAUAUUGAGAAGCUACCGAUGGACCAGCUGCGUCUAAUGUCCCCGGAACUGUUGCGGCAGUACAGCGAUUUACCGCCGCGCGUGUUUGAGUGUCGCCUGGCCCUGGUGCAGCCGUCGUCGAUGGUCAGCACAAAUAAUGCCUGGCCCCAGCAGGCUGACGAUAUGCUGCAUGCCCUGGCCAAACGCGGACGCGUCCAACUAGAGAUAUACUCACUGGUACAGAACGUGGCUGCGGUCAAGAUACACCUGCAGGAGGGAUACCUCAACGAGCUGUUGGUUAAGGAUAAAUUGGCCCGUCGCACCGAUGAGGACUACAUGUCCCGCAUGGAUCAUGAUUUUCGGAUGCGCAAACAGGAAUCCCGCAGCUAUAUAACACCGCAAGAGAGGCAGCAGGUGAACGAAGAGUAUCUCCGCUCGAAGCAGCAGCCCCAGGAUAUGGACUUGGCUCCGCCACCGCCAGAGGAAUGCAAAAAGCUGCUGAAGCUCAAGGGUCCAUUCAGCACCCUAGAAUCGACCUUAUACUCCACCAUGCGUUCGGGCCUCAGCAAGACGGUGAAGGUGGAUCCUACUUCGGUGAAUUUCGUGCUCCUGGACGCCGAGCCGCAAGAUCAGCACGACAAGAUGAUUGUGGCCGCUAGCAUGAACGAAACUGGGCCCAACGGUCGCAUUUUGAAUCUGCGCGGCACCAGCUUAAUGCCCAACAUACCCGGUUUCGCAGCAAUUAUGACCAUGAUAUUCUGCCCGUGUGCACAGAUUAAAGCCAACAAGGCAAACAGCCGAUAUGUUUCGAUAUUGGCCGGACUUGGGCGCCACUCGCAAACAAUGCAAUCCUUCUACGAGGAUCAUGACAUGGUUAUAAACUUGGAUGUCAACAUUGACGAUGAUGAUGUUAUGCUGAUCAAUCAAAUCCGCUACAACAUUGACAGCACAUUCUUCAACCUUGAUGGCGACUUGUAUCCAUCUGCUGGUCUUACCGAACGCAUUUUAAUAUAUAAUACAAUUUAUGCUGCACUCAAUCGGCUUUUGAACAAGAAUCGAAGCUUUAUUGAGUCCAGUUCGCAUAACUCUGACUACGAGUGGCUAAAGAUGGAGGAGCCACGGGUUCCGGACUGUCAGCCGUAUGGAAAACGUUCCAUAUUCCCCAUGCACACCAUUCCGGAGCUGCGCGAAGAGAGUAUGGGCAGUAUUGUGCCACUGAUUGAGAACUGCAAGGAGUUGUACAAUUAUCGUAAUUUUGAGGGCACCUUCGACCCGAUGACCUGCAGGCUGUGCAAACAGUUACUGGAAACGGUUCCAGAGCUUCGCAUGCAUCUGCUUACCCAGCUGCAUCUUGAUCGUGAGGAGCAGGUCGGAUUCCGCAUGGAUUAAGGCUCAACAAGUUUCACAUUUAUCCAAACAUUUGACGCGAGCUCAUUUUGGGGCUCCAUUCUAUUAUGACUUUAUAUGCAGCAGAAGUUAUUUUUUGUUUUGUUUCUAAAGGUAUCUCCAUAAAUGAAUAUGGCUGAUCUUUAAUCCUAUGGAUUUUUAUUGUUAUUAGUUCUUUUCAAAUACUCAAAUCUCGAUUUAAAAUGUAUCUUUCGAUAAGAAACAUCAAAGAAUUUAUUUGAUAACUUUUUACAACAGACUUAUAGAGUCCGAAGGUCUUGAGAUAGUUAUCCUGGUCCGAGGAUUAACUAAAAUAGUUACUAAGAAUAUCCAUUACAGUCCUGCUGCACAGGUUGCGAAUGAAAUGAUUAUGAUUAUGUGAAGAACUCCCAACAUUAUGGACCAUCUUGCCACUCCAAAUAUGAGGAGCAUCGGUGUUAAGUUUUGAUCUUUGUAAUACUUAAUCCUCGAUUAUCGGAUGGAGUAACGAUCUUCCAAUGUUCAAAGAAUAUUAUUAUAUCCAGUUCCUAAACAAUUAAAAGUUAAUUAUAAAACUGCACAAU